GUCAGUCAGCCCCUACCUCAGGGUCAUCUCUCAUGGAGGUUAUUAUGGGGAGGGUCUGAACGCCAUCAUCGUUUUCUCCGCCUGUUACCUGCCGGACAGCAGCUGCUCCGACUAUCACUACAUCAUGGAGAACCUCUUCCUGUACGUGGUGAGCAGUCUGGAGAUGCUGGUGGCUGAAGAUUAUCUGAUCAUCUACAUGAACGGAGCGACGCCUCGAAACAAGAUGCCCGGCAUCGGCUGGCUGAAGAGAUGCUACCAGAUGAUUGACAGAAGAUUGAGGAAGAACCUGAAGUCCUUGGUCAUCGCUCAUCCCACCUGGUUCAUACGCACCGUGCUGGCUAUAUCCAGACCAUUUAUCAGUGUGAAGUUCAUGAAUAAGAUCCAGUACGUGCACAGUCUGGAUGAACUGGCAGAGCUCGUCCCCAUGGAGCACGUCCAUGUUCCUGAGUGUGUGGUGCAAUUUGACGAGGAGAGGAUUAAAGCACGGAGGGAAAGGAUGGAGCAGGAGCACAGACAACAGGAGCAGCAGUCAGUCCCACAGGAGCCAAUUAAAAAGUCUGAGAGGCCAAAGUCCAUGGUUGUAAAUCAAGGAUUAUGAGGACAGAACUUUGCA